CACUUCAUGGCUAGUUGUGUUUGAGGCAGUGUGAUCCUAAAUUUAAAAAUGAGGAAACUGAAGCAAAGUGAUAUGAAAUGAGUUGUUUCAGGCUAGACAGCUGAUAAGUGAAUCAACGUUUGACCUCAGAUCUGCCCAAGGGAUCAUAACUCCACGGGUUACCUUGAUGAAUAUACUGAAGUAUUCAAGAUGGGUAGCAACAGUACCAGCAAUGCUGAGACUCACUGCAAUGUCACUAAUUUGACAUUUCAUUACUCCCUCUAUGCAACCACUUACAUCCUCAUAUUCAUCCCUGGUCUUCUGGCCAACAGUGCAGCCUUGUGGGUUCUGUGCCGCUUCAUCAGCAAGAAAAAUAAAGCCAUCAUUUUCAUGAUCAACCUCUCUGUGGCUGACCUUGCUCAUGUGCUGUCCUUACCCCUCCGGAUUUACUAUUACAUCAGUCACCACUGGCCUUUCCAGAGGGCCCUUUGCCUGCUGUGCUUCUACCUGAAGUAUCUCAACAUGUAUGCCAGCAUUUGUUUCCUGACAUGCAUCAGCCUUCAGAGGUGUUUCUUUCUCCUCAAGCCCUUCAGGGCAAGAGACUGGAAGCGUAGAUACGAUGUGGGCAUUAGUGCUGUCAUCUGGGUCAUCGUUGGGACCGCCUGUUUGCCUUUUCCCAUCAUGAGAAGCACAGACUUAGCCAACAACACUGAGUCCUGCUUUGCUGAUCUUGGUUACAGGAAAAUGAAUGCAGUGGCUUUGGUUGGGAUGAUUACAGCUGCUGAACUGGCAGGAUUUGUGGUCCCAGUAGUCAUCAUCGCAUGGUGUACCUGGAAAACUACUGUAUCCCUGAGACAGCCACCAAUGGCUUUCCAAGGAAUCAGUGAGAGGCAGAAGGCACUGAGGAUGGUUUUCAUGUGUGCUGCAGUCUUCUUCAUCUGCUUCACUCCCUAUCAUAUUAACUUUAUUUUUUACACCAUGGUAAAGGAAGCCAUCAUUAGCAGUUGUUACAUUGUCCGAAGCACACUGUAUUUCCACCCUUUUUGUCUAUGCCUUGCAAGUCUCUGCUGCCUUUUGGAUCCAAUUCUCUAUUACUUUAUGGCCUCGGAGUUUCGUGACCAACUAUCCCGCCAUGGCAGCUCUGUGACUCGUUCCCGCCUCAUGAGCAGGGAAAGUGGUUCAUCAAUGAUUGGCUAAAAAUGAAAGGGAACUAUGUUCCCUGGCUUUUUCCAAAGACCGCAAUGAUCCGCCAGACAAUUUCUUUAAUUGAACUUUGGGAACAAUAGAAGUAAAUGUAUUUUUUGUGUGAUAGUUAUGCUUACAGUGGUGUGAUGGUGGAGGCAGAGUAUGAAAAAUGUGAGAGGGGAAGGGAAGUUGGGAUUUGCCUGUUUCCUCUUUGAAAUUCAAGGCACUUUCUUACUUAUGAGACCUAGAUCAAGGUUUUACAGAUUUUUUAAAAAAAAUGGAAAUUGGAUAUUUUAUCUUAAACAUUUAUUUAGUAAAUAUGAUUGUUAAAGAUAAAAUAAAACAUGAAUAUUUUCCAGAAUGUAAAUAUAAAUCUCUUUCAUAUGAAGACCAUUAUUUGUGAACAAAAGCAAAAAAUCUCCAGUCUUUCUAAAAGAUAAAUACACAGGCAAGAGGGAGUGAAUAUUGAAGUAAUGUGGGGAUAAAUGAAGGGUAUUGAAAUGUGUUCAUUCACAGAAAAUGUACUAGAUGCUUAUUGUAUUCUGGGCUGCCACUUCCUUGGGUACUUUCAUGUAUAUCAUCUCAUCUAGCUCUUCUAAUAAAUGUGUAGAAGUUUCCAAUACAAAUGAAUAAAUGGAACUUCAGAGGGAUAAAGCAACUUGCCUGGGGAUAAACAGUAGUGAGUCAAAAUUUCCCCCUAAUAUACCGCAUAUGCUUAA